CUUCUGGGCGCUGUUUGGUCCUACGAACUAUUGUACGGUUUGUUUGAUAUGUCAGAUUUUAAGUGAUAAUGAUGAGUCUAAGUUAUUUCGAAGUUACAUUUGGCAUUUAGCUACACUUGGUAUCGCAUUUGAACCCGUUUAUAAGGACAAAGUUCGAGUUGGAGAAAAACUAUUUAUCCCUGGGCCCGCUUACUUCUGGAGUGUUGAAUACAUUACAGAUGGUCAUCACCUGAACGGUACCCAAGCCACAUUUGGCACUCACCCUGCUCCCUUCAAAAGCAAUGGCAGACAGUUUUUACAAACUGGAAGAUGAAGCCUUCCCAAGUUUCCUCUGCAAGUCUCUGGACAGCACCAGUGGCCGCCCCACACUGGGAAAUGUGACAUUGGGUUCAGGCCCAGGACUGCCGGUGGCUGCCUCUACUGUGGCUAAAAUUAGACGCGAAUCUGACAACAGAGACGAUCCCAUUGAGGUUUCAUACCUGGAUGGCAGAGUGCUGCAGCAGGCUGGUCUACAGUCAUCUGGAGUAGAACAGCCCAAGUUUGCCCUCAGCUUCAAAGAUGACAUGGAUAAUGCAGAUGACUUCAUUGCAGCCCAUCGUCUUUCAGACAAGCUUCUGAAGAUUAAUCUGGAUGAGAGUGCAUCCAGAAAUCAAGGCUCCAUGCUGGGCCUUGAUACUACACAGGCAGGCUCAGUAUGUGGCCAUCCCACAGAACUUGGAACAGAUCUGUCAACAGGGCUUCUGACAUUUGCUCAUUUUGGACAUAAAGAUGUCACAGACAAAAAGUCCAUACAGGUUCAGGCCUUACCAGCUACAGUUGAAGACAACCAGGUGCUGAGUGAAGGAGUGGGCAGUGACCAUUUUAGUGACAGCAACUCAAGCUUCCUGGCCAAUGAGAAGCUCAUGUCUGUGGAUAGUAUGAAUAGCGACCUAACAGAUGAUGACAUUGAUGUAAACAACCUGCCUGAUGAUGAGCUGGAGCUGUACUUCAAUAAGCUGGUCCCUCCUGCUAUGCAGAGAGGCAGAGUGGAGGGCCAGGAGAUUCCUGCAACUGGAGUGCCAGGUGCUGCUGAUGUCCUGUCCAACCCAAGUUCUACAGAGCCUGAACAGUACAGAGAUCAAUUCCUUGAUCAGUCUGAUCAGGAGGAUUUCCAGAUGCCCGAUGUGCGCUUGGCUGCCACAGGUAUGGACUCCUGUCCAGCCAGUGAUGAGGACACGGAGGAUGAGCUGGAAUCUGCAAGAAGGAGCAGUGAUGCUGCCAGGACUCGGCUGCUGCCAAGCACAUCCAGACAGCUGGUUGGACAAAGCAACCGUCCCACUUUCAGGCCAGGUCUAGAAGGAGGCAGUUCUGAGGAUGAGGCUUCCAGUGGUCGGGGUGGUGCAUCCUCAUCUGGGAUUGGACACAGGCGAUCUGCUGAAGGGCAAGUCAUCAACCCUCCUGUCACAGGAGAUGGAGGAGGUGGGGAUGGGAGCAGUGGCAGUGAAGAAAGUGGAAAUGACGGAGGAGUGUCGACCAUCCCUCUUCCAGCAGCAACUAAUGUCCAGACCACCUACGAUGCCCUGCGUGGGUUGGGGAUUGUGGGUAGCAGUGCUGUUGGUGAAGAUGAGGACGAUAAUCUGAACGGUCUUCCAGUACAUGGAAGAAUCAGCCUUCCCAGACAUACAAAGAUGGGUAACCGUGUGGGUCCUGUUGGAACAGGAGAGACCAGCUCCUCUCUGGGGAUGUCUGGGGCAUCUCAGAGGCUUUCUCGUGUCAGCUGGAGCAAGGCCCUGGACAGACAGGAGGCACUGGAUGCCAUGGAGAGCACAGACUCUGGGCCUGCAGUUGACAGACUGUUGGACUCGGUCUACCUGAGGAGCGGAGCUGCACUGAGAAGACCUCAAGAUUCAACGAACCUUACUGUGUCUCACCUUCAAGGAACCCAAGGGAGCUUCCACCUCUCCCAGGUGCUGGUUCCAGAUUGUGAUGACAAGAAUGACGAUGAUGAUGGAAUAGAUGAGCCUGAUGGUGCCAGGCCCUCCUUGGGCUUAAGAGGAGGACCCUGCGGUGAUGUUACUGCUGCUGAGGUUUCAGACAGUACCAGCGAGGAUGACAACAAUCCCCUCUCCACAUCCCUGGAAGCUAAGUAUUUCUCCCAGAGCUUCCACCAGGAGCAGGAUGAUUCAGAUGAUGGCUGGAACCAUUGCCCAGACAACCUAGAGCAGGAAUUUCAACGAGGUGCCAAUGCCACUCAUAAUGUAGUGUAUCAGAAUGAAGAGGGGCAGUGGGUGACAGACCUGGCAUAUUACUCGUCCUUUGAAAAAGAGGUUGCCGGAAAGGCCUCAGAGAGUGCUGCCCAGUUUGAGAAAGAAGAUUUUGUUCCUGCAAGUGACGCUAUGGGCAAGAUAGUGAAGGAUCAAGAAGAAUUUGAAAAGGAGCACCAGUUCAUGCAGGAGGAACAGAUCGAACCAGCCAGCAGCAACGGCACCUUUCACAGCGACUCGUCCUGGAAAUUGCCCUUCAACAGCCACAUCCUAAUGAGGGCCUCCCAGGUCUCAUCAGAAUUUUUGCAAGGAGAUGAAAGCUAUCUGCGACUUUCUUUGGGGCAGUUUUUUGGACAGCGUUCUGAAGCUCUCGGCUGUUUGGGAAGCUCCAGUGAUUUAGUUAAAAGGCCAUCCUUUGGCUACAUCAUUACCUCUCCAGAAAAAAGGGAGCCAUUUCCCUUGAUUCACCCUUCAGAGUUCUCAAAUAGAGAUGGCUCUCCUUCCAGUGACACCAUGGAUCUCAGUGAAGCAGACAAAACUCUCAACCCAGAGGAACUAGAUGAAACUCUUGAAGCUCCAGGUGAAAGGAUGUCACCAAAAGGGACCACUGAUGUAGACUCUUGUAAAAAGGAGGAAAAUGGUGUUAGAGCUGCACAUCCAGACAGCAGUGAAUGCCCCAGUUCUGAUUCAAGCUUGGCUAAUCAGAGCUAUGCGCUCCCUGACAAUAACAGCAGUCCACUGAUGCUUAGUAUCAGUACAAUUGCUUCAGCCAUUGCGGAUGCAUCCAUCAGUAACGACCCAUCACAGCUGGCUGCCAUGAUCAUGGAGCUGUCCAAGAAGAGUAGGGCAAGGAAUUGUGCAGAGUCUGCAAAAGCGGGACCUGCUGUCAGCAGCACUGAGGAACCUACCUCAGCUCUGCAUAUCCUCCCUGAGCCAGAUCAGAGUGGCAUUCUACACACACUGCAGAGAAGCAUGUGUGUAGGAGAGAUGAGUGGCUUUGAUAUGGAGAAAUACUUGAAAAAGGUUGAUGUUUCUGGCAGCAGUGAUUCCUUGGGGGCUCACACCACCCUUGAGUUGAGCAGCUGGGCUAACAAUCUCAGCAGCUCUCAGAGGAACCCUCAGGCAGGACAUCCUGAAAAAUGGGGGAGUGCAGCUCAGCACGUGGACGGUAAGACAAGCGUGAUGGAGAAAGACAUCAGGGGAGAGUCAACGAUAGCGCCCGGCAGCUCUAUCCCUCAACCGUCACUGAGCUCUGCCAGGAGAUCUGUGGGCUCUUCCACACACAAGCCUCCUGCAGACACAGUGUUAUCUCAUGCUGCUUCCUCAGCCACUACCUGUGCUUCAUUAGGUGGAGUCAAGCCAGCAGAAGUGAACAUACAAGCAUCCAACGGUAGCCCUUCUAAAACCCCACACAAAACUAAUAAAAGCUCUGCUGCUUCACCUGGCUUGCCCAGAACCUCCCCUGGCUGGAUGAAAGGGCAGUCAGUCCUCCCUUGCCGUAAAGGUUCCUCUCCCGUGACGCAGAAGCAUGCGGACACAUCCAGAAAUUGUGAGAGACCACCGCCCAGGAAUAUCGCUGCUGCUUCAGACCCACUGGAGAAGCAUGUUGGCAGAAAUGUUCAGUGUUCUGUAGACCCUACAUCUGGUUUUUCUGAGCCAUGUAUGGAGGAGACUCAGUGUAACUUCAGACCAUCCACUUCUCCUCUUACCCACUCCUCUCCAAGUCAGACCUCUGUUCCCAGUGCAGAUGGUAUGUUGUCACCACCUUCAUCUGCCGGACGUCUGGCAAACAGACAUCCUGGUCACGACCUUUCUCCUCAGAGUAACUGCUCCAGCCCUAGUCUCAGCAGACUGACCUACAUCUCACUGAAUGAUGGCACUGUCGUACCUACACCUGAGAAACCAAAGAAUAAUUCUAGCAUGGCUCUGAGCACCACCAUCAUCAGAUUCAGUCCUACCCCACCUGUGGAUCCAGAUGCACAGUCUUGUAUGGAGAUUCCAGGCCUUCCCAAAAGCCUCGAUCAGGUGCAGACACAGCAUUCCAGAAGUCAAGACCCACUCCCACCCCGGCCACAUAAAAGCCCAGAGCCCUCACGUAGUGGUUCUGCUUUGAGCUGCACCCGCAGCCAGAGUGAAUGUAACUACCACUGUCCUGGGAACAGAAGCGAUGACAUUUCCACCAGCUGCAGGAACCACAAGCACCUCUCUGAGUCUAAUGUAAGGCAGCUCACUAAAGUGGACUCAGGAUAUUGUAGCAAUCUGAACAUUCCACAGACUAGCAGCUCCACAGCUCCUCAGAGCUCCCAGCAGUGGGAUACUGCUAGCUCAGUUUCAUCGUCAGUGUAUACCGGAGGCCUCGGUAUGCCUCCAACCUUUUCAUCGGACGGACUUCACUAUGUGCCCAUCCCCAGCUUUAAGCCUCAGUAUCCUGGCACGAUUGACCUUCCCCACCAAGGAGAUGUGCAGUCUCUCCUCACUGGACGCGCUCUCUUCAACUCUCAGCUGACUCAGCAGUAUCUGGGACCUGAAGCUCCGCUACAUCCAGCUGCUUAUGUGGGAGCAACAGGAAGCGGUCUCUAUACCGUGGCCUCAGCAGGCAUACCAAACAGUGAUCUACCAGUCAGACACAUCCACACAACAUCUGGUCCUCUGGGGAUUUCUGGUGCUGCUGGAUCCCAUCUCCUUCCCAGACCACAUCAGAGCCAGCAGGACAUUGGAAUGAUGGGGAAACCCUUCAGUCAGUAUACUGCAGAUCCUCUGGUGACAAGCGGUCUUGAAGAACUGCGAGGCCAAGUAGUGGUGCCAGAGGAGUUGCGGUUCCCUCAUGCCUGCUGUGUGGGCAUAGCCUCACAGACCUCCCUCAGCCUUUUCAACCCAUCUGAGAGAUGGCAACAAGUUUCAAUUACCGUUAAUAGUCUGGCCAUUGAUGGGGAAAAGGUGGACAGCUUGCCUUACCAGUGGCUGAUGGUGAAGAACAAGACAAUCAUUGGCCCAAAGAGUACUGAAGAGCAGAAGGUGUUGUUCAUACCUCCCCAUGCUGGUGUCUACCAGUGUGUCCUCAGUGUUAGCUCCUGGCCAGCAUCUGCUGAGACAGAGGUGGCUGCCAGGGCUAACAUAUUUGCUAAAAGGGUGGUGCUUGUUGCCAUAGCGGAGAACCCUGCUCUGGAGGUUGAAGUGGGCAAAUCUGGCUGUUUGGAUUUUGGAGACCUGCCUGGAGGCGGUGCUAAAUCUCUUCCUCUGAAAUUGCUCAACAGGACACAUGCCACAGUACCCAUCCGACUGGUCAUCAGUGCAAAUGCCACAGCAUGGAGAUGCUUCACCUUUUCCAAGCACCCUGUUACCAUGACAUCUGAGGGAACACAGCCGACUGGACACAUGACCCCCGUUUCCUCUCCUUCUGUGAUGAAUCAUGUGAUGCAUGCCAACUAUGGAGAGAAUCCAGAAAGCUUCAUGGUCUGGGUUCAUUUCAAGGCCCCUCAGAAGUAUACAGCUUCUUCUGGAGAACUAGGUCCAGCUGAUGAGUACAGUGCCCGUGUGGACAUUGAAGUGGACUCCCCUGGUCCCAGUUGUGUGAUCAGGAGCAUUCCCCUCAGGGCCAGGUCUGGAACUGCAAGGGUCCAUGCUCCUAAAGAUCUGCAGACUGUCAGCUUGUCUGCUCCACUGGGUAAAUCUAGUCAACAGACGCUGCCAUUAAAGAAUGCAGGAAACAUUGAUGUGCAGCUGAAACUCAAGUGCAGUGACAACGAGGACAGUUUUUCUGUCACACCCAAUGAACUGACCCUGAGAGUGGGAGAGGAACACGCCAUUGUUGUGUCUUUCAAAGCACAGGGCAACCGAAAAUGUAGAGACAGCCUUCUCACCAUUUUGGUGCUACUGUCCGGCCCUCAGUAUGAGGUAACACUAAAAGGAGAAGUAACCCCUGAGGACUCUGGAAAGCAUGCACUCCCCUCUGCAGCUGUGUGCGGCCCUGGUCUGACCAAUAACGUCCCACCAAUCCUCUCUAAUAAGCAGUUUGUAGCCUGGGGAGGAGUCACCCUGGGACGUGCCGUCCAACAGAAGCUGGUCCUUAGGAACAACUCGACUGACGCCACACAGCAGCUGCGCCUGCUUAUUCGAGGCCAAGACCAAGAUUGUUUUCAGCUCCAGAGUUUGUUCAGUCUCGAAGAACGUCUAACCCGACAUGGAGAGCUGUCCAUCCGUCCCAGAGAGGAUGUGACCGUCCACCUUCUUUUUGCUCCCACCCGAGUGGCCUGCAUGUUGGCCAAGCUGGAGAUCAAACAAUCUGGAGUUCGACCUUCACAGCCCGGAGUCAAAUUCACUAUUCCACUGUCGGGUUAUGGCGGCACCAGCAACAUCAUUCUAGAAGACCAGAGGAAACGUGCAGAUGGCUACGUGGCAACACUGACCGACAUCGCUGUUGGCCGCGUGAGCAAAGUGUGUCUGUGCGUGAGGAACACAGGCUCCAGAGCUGCUUUCAUCAAAGCUGUGGCCUUCUCUGACGUGCAAACACGAUCACUUAUGGAGCCCUCAGUCAUCAGCCUCGCGCCUUCACAGUUUGUACUGAAGGAAAGAACCCAAGAGGUGAUCACUGUGCUAAUGAAGUCCACCCAAAGAGAGCAGAACCUUUGUCAGUUAGCCAGUGCACUGCUGGCUACAAUCUAUCUAUUCUGUGGAGAUGAGGUCUCCAGACAGCAGUACAGGAGGUUGCUUCAGAGCAAGCCAGAAGUUGCACGGAAGGCCCUGUCUGACAACAGUCUGCUGAAAAACAUCGAUUUUAAUGAGAAGUUCUUGGGAGAAGAAAAUGUUGCAGAGGCCUGUGACCUGCCCCAGCGGCCCAAUGAAGCCCACAUCUUCUACGGCAACAUGAGUAAGGUGGUGGUGUCGUUGCUUGGAAGUACUAAGAAUACAGACUUUGAGGAGAGCGAGCAUGCUCUGCUGCUACCGUCUGCAAAGUCCAGCUCAGAGACAGACAGUGGGUCUUCAAAUGGCAAUGUGUCUCUGGAUGUGCUGCCAGUGAAAGGUCCCCAGGGUCCAGCACUGAGAGUGGCAGAGCCUUCCUUAAAGGCUUCAGAGCAAUUACACAAACAGUCUGAGUCCUGGACUAUUCACCCAGAACAGCUCGUCCUUGCAGCUCCCACCAUCAAUGGUGCAUCCACCACCAGUCAAGUUCAGAUCCGAAACAAUACUUCGAGAGAGCUGAGCUUUGAUUUGUCCUGGCCUGCCCACUGCCUCACGAUCACCCCACAGCAUGGAGUUAUCGAGCCACAGUGCCACCUGCAGAUCUUGAUCAGCCCCAACCCGUCAUUGGCAACUAAAUCUUCCCUGCUUCCCUGGAGUGGACAGAUUUAUGUCCAGUGUGAUGGUCAACAGAAGUUUAUUAAGGUUCAGAUCCGUCGAGACCUUGCUCUGGAUGUGUCUACAGCCCCAGCAGAUACAAGUUUGUCAGCCCUGCCUCCUCAGGCUGCUACCCCCUUGUUGCCUGUGGGCAGGCUCACCACGAGGCCAUCGCUUACCCCACAGAUGCCUCAGGCCAUGGUAGAGAUCAACAACAAGACCAUAGUCUUCCCCACCACACCCUCAGGGGAGACAUCAGAGGCCCAGCUGGAGGUGCAGAAUGGGAACGUGGAAGUGAGGUGGUACCUGUCAUCAUUUGCUCCUCCAUAUGUCAAGGGGGUUGACAACAGCGGAGACGUUUACCGGGCCACCUACACGGCUUUCAGAUGCUCCAGGGUUUCUGGAACCCUGGGAGCCCAUGAGAAGAUGCAGGUGCCCAUCACUUUUCUGCCCAGGGACAGAGGGGACUAUGCCCAGUUCUGGGACUUGGAGUGCCACCCUGUGUCUGAGCCCCAGCAGAAAACCCGAAUCCGCCUCCAGCUCUGUGGCACCGGAACAAAAUCUGGACCAGUGGGAGGACCACAGGAAGGAGACUGCUCUCUAGUGAAGACAGAGGCCACAGUCAAGACCAAGAAGAGACCCGAGUCCUCAUCUAGCCAAAUCAGCCAGGAGGAGGUCGUGCGGAGGGGUGUGUAUUCACCACAGGACCUGUACAUCUUCCCUGCCACACGGGUGGGUGAGUCCAGCUCUCUAAAGGUCAACGUCCGCAACAACUCGUCCGACACGCAUGAGCUGAAAUUUGUAAACCCUAGCGAGCCCUUCUACAUCAAGCAUUCCAGAUAUUCUCUGAGAUCCCAGCACUAUCUGAAGCUACCCGUCCAGUUCAAGCCCAGUACCGCAGGCGGACACAGCGGCUUGCUGCUCAUCCAGUCAGAAACAAGCGGAAGUCUUGUUAUUCAGCUGACUGGUGAGGCAUUGCCUUGAAUCCACCGUUUUUAACCAUCCCACGCCACCUCGUCGUGCUGCCUGGCUUUGGGUGGUGCUCCUCUCUGUUCUCUUCACUGUGGGAGAGAUGUGAGUGACAGAAUAAAAGGCAUAAGGGCUAAGGAUCAAAUAAUGUCAGCCUCUGGAUUUAAAUCCUUCCUUGUCGUCAUGUUUGGAGAUGCACGCUAUAGCUGAUUGAGGGGGACUGACUGAGACUCCUGCCAACACAGCCCCAGCUGCCUGUGGAUAAGGCACAGGUGUCCUCAGCUGGCCGAUGAAAAAUGAUUGCACCUGUUUGUGCCUGAAGCUGAGUAGUUUGAAUCUGUCCAGCUCACAAUUAGUCUGCACGGUCCCGGCGUUCCAGAGAGCUAAUAAAUUUUGUCACUUGACUCUGGAUCUGGUGUUUCGCUUUCUCUCUGAGUCAUGUCACAAAGUAGCAUUGCUGUUGCCAUGGUCUGUCGGACAGUAGCGGCACCAGCUGAGAUACUUUGGAAUUAUUUGGAGCUGGGCAUGCAGGAAUGCCUUUGUUUGCUGUUUGGUAACAUCACUGCAGGGAUUUUGUUUUUGGAAAAGCCACAUUUUUGCCUGUUUGUUGUGUUACAUAGUGGACACAUACCUUUUUGUCUCAGAACUCUGUGGAGUCAUCUCUGCCAUUACCUCCUAACUGAAACAAGGACCCGAAUAGAUUUAAAGCUUCAGUUUUCCUGGAGUACAUUUUAAAACUGCUAUUCUAGCUCUGUCUGCAUCUCACAACAUUUUCCUAAUCUUCUGUACUCGUGUUUGUUUCUAUGGAGAUGGCUCUUCAUCUUGCAGGGCCCACCUGCGCAGUAGCCUUUGUCAGCACCAUGUGUUGACUUCCCCACAACCUCCAAGGCUCAUUCCAAACAGCCCAGAUGUACUUAAUUUAGUCAUGUUCAGGGCAGCUCACAGCAACAUUAGGAUGGUUAAUGAUUGUUAUUACAUGCUAAAAGAGUUUCCUCUGGUGGGGUUUUCAUUCGGCAGCUUGCCAGGUCUGUUCAGUAUGGUUGCCAUGGCAAAACUGGUGUUAAUCACUGUUCCAGUCACAGAAAAUUAGCUCCCUCUUUUGGCUCUGGGGCAAAUGGCCAAAAUUGCUCGGGGGGUUUUGGAUUUGCUUCCAUAAUCAGUUUUGAUAUUGAAGGGGAUGGAAAUGGGGAAACUUUAUCAAGGAGGUGUUGUAAACCUGCUAGUGCCACACAUUGUGACAAUACGUUGAAGAACACUAUUCUUUUGUACAGUUUUUCCUACUUGUGUAGCGGGUUUUAACAUGAAGGCAGUAUACUGUUAAACAUCCCAACAUGUUUUGAUUUACAAUUUGCACAUGCUUUGAAUAGCAAUUAUG